AUGUAUUUCUUGGAUCUUCCCGACGAGAUCUUAGACCACAUCAUCCACCACCUAGAAUGUGACUCGGAAGUCAAUCUCCUAGCACAAACAAAUCAUCGGCUGCAUCGCAUCGCCAGCGGUCUUCUCUGCGAAAGACAGCCAGCGAUAAAUGAGAAGGAACUGAGAGAGGCAGUUUGCGAGGGCCACGUGUCCACGGUCCGAUGGCUCCUCAAUAAUGGAACUCUCUCCGCGGGCCAACACACAUCAUCCAACGAACUUGACCCAGGCAAUGAGAGCUCAAUUGACAUAGAGAAUCUGAUCAUUGCAGCCGUGGAGAAUAACCAUCCGGACAUCCUCCUGUUCCUUUUGCGCAACAGUGACCGCGAAAGAUUACGCUGCCAUUCAUCAAGAAUUGCGCGAUAUCUUCAAAUUCACAUGCAUCUGGACUUCACGACAGAGUGCCGCGAGAAAUUACCAUUGAAGCGUAACUUGGCAAUAGAAGAGGCAGGCACGCAUGAGUCGCUUCCUCGUGAGCACAACGCCAUGGCAUUACUACUGGAACUCCGGCCCGAGCUGAAUGUCAAUCUCACCUAUGCCAACAGAUCAACUAUGAUGAUGGAGGCAAUGUGGCGAUUGGAAUCCCCGUUGCGCUUGGUCGCUAUGUUAUAUCAGCAUGGUGCCGAUCCUAGCAUCGCCAACUUUAACGGGGACACUGUGAUGACUCUAGCUGCUAAAUAUGGUCACCUGGAUGUUGUGCGUUUCUUACUUGAGAAUGGAGUGCGUCCCGACCCCGUGCGCUACAAUGGCUCCUCUUUAGGACCACUUCUAUUUGCGGCAGAAUGGGGACAUUCGGAAAUCGUGGCACUCCUGCUUGAGCAUAUUGACAUAAAAUCAAAAAUUUCAUCUGCCAUGGAACAACAAUGGCUCUUGAUUGCAGGAGCUGCAAUUGGGAAAUACAACCUCGUCGAGGCAGUCCUGGCUUGUGGAUGUUGCCCUAAUACAAGAAUAAAUAAAUAUGAAUCAGAGAGACACAGAUGUCGCGGUCCACUUUCAUGGACAGCAAAAAGAGGAGAUAAAGCAAUGAUGCAGCUUCUCCUCGAACAUGGGGCUGAUCCCACCGGAGCAGCUGAAGUCCCCGUCAAUUGGCCAAUUCUCCAGGCUGUUGUGAGAGGCUAUGCCGACAUCGUUGAUUUACUCCUCGACCAUGGAGUCAACCCUAAUGAUGAGAAGUUCAUCAGCACGAAGAAACCACUUCUCGCCUGGGCUGAGCCUCACCCCGAAGUCUUCCAAUUACUCUUGCGCCGAGGGGCAAAUCCACACUUCCAAUACAAAUGCCAGCACAGCGAACGCAUGAUUACUCCCCUAAUAUCUGUUCUACGAGCUAGGAACUACACUUUGAUUCAAAUCAUGAAAGACGAGGGCGUGAAAUUACGCAAAGGCGUCGUUCAAAGUGUCAAGACGCGAUAUACUGGGAGCCGGGAUUCGAUUGGUAUAUUGUGA